CCUUUACACUCUCUCUCUCUCUCUCAGGUGGCGGUAAUUCCGACAGGCGAUGUGUUCCCUCCCUCUCGCGUCACAGAUUUGCAUAUGACCUUAGAAAAAACGAACCUCAGUUUAACGUGGACCGCGACGGGCGAUGAUUUCGAUACUGGUACAGUCAGCGGCUACGAAAUCCGUCUGGCACACAACGUGACCUAUCUCCACGAGGACACCUUUGACAGCUCUGCCAACGCCACCACGCUCCUACUCUCGGUGGUAGACUCCGCUAACAUGACCAGUCUGCUCGUCGAGGCUGGCCAGAAGGUCACGCUCGAACUCACUCUCAAGGAGGAGGUCAAGUAUGACACUCCGUACUUGGUGGCACUCAGGGCGGUCGACGAGGCUGGCAACAAGAGCCUCGUGUCCAAUAUAGUGUCAGUCAUGAUUCCGACCCCCCCCGCCCCCCCCGCCCCCCGCUGACAAGAAGGGGCUGUCCCUCACCCUCAUCGUCAUCGGCUGACACGUGACUGACACCGACUGACAAGCCGCAUGACACGUUUGACCAACCGCAUGACCCGUUUGCAUGGCCUGAGUCCUGAUGCUGUCAUGCGGUCUGUUUGAGUUUGAGAACGAAAGGUUAAAAUGGUUAUAGGAUUUUAAGCCUCUUUUUCUUAUUUUUUUAAUCCUUGGAACUGAUUUUUUUUCAUCUAAUAUUUUAAUAGAUGUGAUUUUUGGCUCGUAUGCGGGAUGGAGGUCAUUGUGGUCGGUUCCACGAGAAGCGCAAAACGUAAUUUCAAGAAAAAUAAAA